GAAUAUAGAGGCUAUUUUGGAAAUCAGUGAAUGAAUCUAAAAGCCACACCAUUAGCCACAUGAUGUCGCUGUAUACCACAAGUCUUGGCAGUGGAAAUGUACUGAUCACCAAAAACUAAAGGAGGAAGCUCCAUUUUGUCACAACCCGAGAGAAGACAAAAACGGUAAGGAGAUAAAUUAUUGAAAAUAUGAAGUAAGAAAAGCGUGAUUUUGAAGUAAGGUGAGAGCAGUACGAAAGGUGUAGUGCUUUUGCGAUGCUGUUUUCCAGGCGAGGAGGCAAGGGAGCCCGGCGCCUGCUGCUCUCACUUCUGCUUCUCGCAGCCUGGAAGGCGGGGAGCGGCCAGGUCCAUUACUCGGUUUCCGAGGAGGCCAAACACGGCACCUUCGUGGGCCGCAUCGCGCAGGACCUGGGGCUGGAGCUGGCGGAGCUGGUGCCGCGCCUGUUCCGGGUGGCGUCCAAAGGCCGCGGGGACCUUCUGGAGGUAAAUCUGCAGAAUGGCAUUUUGUUUGUGAAUUCUCGGAUCGACCGGGAAGAGCUGUGCGGGCGGAGCCUGGAGUGCAGCAUCCACCUGGAGGUGAUCGUGGAGAGGCCGCUGCAGGUUUUCCAUGUGGAGGUGGAAGUGAAGGACGUUAAUGAUAAUCAACCAGUCUUCCGAGAGAGAGAACAAAGGUUCUUUAUUCCUGAAUCUAGACUGCUGGAUUCACGUUUCCCGAUAGAGGGCGCUGCUGAUGCGGACAUUGGUACCAAUGCUCUUCUAACAUACACCCUCAGCCCCAGUGAUUAUUUCUCUUUGGAUGUACAGGCAAGUGAUGAAUUGAGUAAGUCACUUUCGCUUGAAUUGAGGAAAUCUUUGGACAGAGAAGAAACAGCAGAACUUCAUUUAUUAUUGACAGCCACUGAUGGGGGCAAACCAGAGCUGGAAGGUACAGUUCAACUGCUGAUCACUGUGCUCGAUGUUAAUGAUAACGCCCCAUUGUUUUCUCAGGCCUUGUACAGAGUCCACUUAUCAGAGACUACGGCAAAGGGAACAUUAGUGACCAUAUUAAACGCCUCUGACGCUGACGAAGGUGUAAAUGGGGAAAUUGUCUUUUCCUUUGGCAGUGAUGUUCCUCUUAACGUUCAAAAAAACUUCAAAAUUGAUUCCAGCUCAGGAGAAAUUAGGCUAAUUGGUAGAUUGGAUUAUGAAGAGACAAAAUCCUACGAAAUUCAGGUAAAAGCAGUUGAUAAAGGAAGUCCUCCAAUGUCAAAUCACUGCAAGGUUUUAGUGAAAGUGCUGGAUGUAAAUGAUAAUGCUCCAGAACUGGCGGUCACCUCCCUGUCUUUGCCGGUCAGAGAGGACGCUCCUCUCAGCACCGUCGUAGCCUUCAUGUCCGUGUCCGACCGUGAUUCCGGUGCCAACGGGCAGGUGACCUGCACCCUGACGCCCCAUGUCCCCUUCAAGCUGAUGUCCACCUUCAAGAAUUACUAUUCUCUGGUGCUGGACAGCGCUUUGGACCGUGAGAGCACGGCGAACUACGAGGUGGUGGUGACCGCGCGGGACGGGGGCUCGCCUUCUCUGUCGGCCACCGCCAGCGUGUCCGUGGAGGUGGCCGACGUGAACGACAACGCGCCGGCGUUCGCGCAGCCCGAGUACACGGUGUUCGUGAAGGAGAACAACCCGCCCGGCUGCCACAUCUUCACGGUGUCUGCGCGGGACGCGGACGCGCAGGAGAACGCGCGCGUGUCCUACUCGCUGGUGGAGCGGCGGGUGGGCGAGCGCGCGCUGUCGAGCUACGUGUCGGUGCACGCGGAGAGCGGCAAGGUGUACGCGCUGCAGCCGCUGGACCACGAGGAGCUGGAGCUGCUGCAGUUCCAGGUGAGCGCGCGCGACGCGGGCGUGCCGCCUCUGGGCAGCAACGUGACGCUGCAGGUGUUCGUGCUGGACGAGAACGACAACGCGCCCGCGCUGCUGCCGCCUGGGGCGGGCGGCGGGGGCGGCGCGGUGAGCGAGCUGGUGGCGCGGUCUGUGGGCACCGGCCACGUGGUGGCGAAGGUGCGCGCGGUGGACGCGGACUCGGGCUACAACGCGUGGCUGUCUUACGAACUGCAGCCGGCGGCGAGUAGGGCGCGCAGCCCGUUCCGCGUGGGGCUGUACACGGGCGAGAUCAGCACGACUCGCGCCUUGGAUGAGGCGGACUUGCCGCGCCAGCGCCUGCUGGUGCUGGUGAAGGACCACGGCGAGCCCGCGCUGACGGCCACGGCCACUGUGCUGCUGUCGCUGGUGGAGAGCCGCCAGGCGCUGAAGACCUCGUCGCGGUCGCCCGGAGGCGCCGCGAGCGCAGAGACAGCGCUGGUGGAUGUCAACGUGUACCUGAUCGUCGCCAUCUGCGCUGUGUCCAGCCUGUUGGUGCUCACGCUGCUGCUGUACACGGCGCUGCGGUGCUCGGCGCCGCCCACCGAGGGCGCGUGCGGGCCGGGGAAGCCCACGCUGGUGUGCUCCAGCGCGGUGGAGAGCUGGUCGUAUUCACAGCAGAGGCGGCAUAGAGUGUGUUCCGGGGAGGGGCCGCCCAAGACCGACCUCAUGGCCUUCAGUCCCAGCCUUCCUCCCGGUCUGAACACGUCGGAAGAAAAUGAACAUCCAGAAACAAAUUCGGACCUUUCCGGUAAUGUAAGUCCAAAUUUCAAGCUUUAGCUUUAAUUUUUUUAAAUUUAACUUAUCUAACCAUCCUUUCAAAUGUCAGUUUUAAACAGGUAUUCAAAAUGCUUGCUAAAAUUGAAACAAAUCUUACCAUUUAAUGUAGAUAUUUAUUUAUUACUUGCACCUGCGUCUUGAAUGGAACUUGGAAACAAACAAAAUCAAAUGUAGGGACAAAUUGUUAUAUUCCUUGAUUGAAAUAGUAGGAUACUUAAAAAAAUACUGAAAUACUAAGUAGUCUUGAUUAUAUGUAACACAGGAUCUCAACAUAGUCAAAUACCGUGACAUUGCAGGUUUAUUUAUGACCUUAUCUUUCAUAGUGAAAUGUCAAGCCCUGGGCAAAUAAUUACAGGCAAAGUUACAGAAACCAUCAGCCUUCCCUUGAGGUUUUAAGUUUCCAAAUGGGCAAUACAAAUCAUCUUAAGCAAAUGUAAUUUAAAAUAUAUUUAUUGGAUGAUAUUUUAUUUUCCAUGUUAAAACAUACAACCAUUGCUUCAUUGUCAUUAUGGACAAUUUCCUGAUGCCAACGAUCUGAGUUCUUCUGGGUCUAGAAGGCUUAAUGUGGGACGAAUUUGUUAUUUAGAGGAUCAACUUAGGAAUACUUACUGAGCACCUUCCAUUUACUCACCCGUGUUCUAAAACCUUUAUUUUUCUCAACUUUUCCAAUAACUUUGUGAAGUGGAUACUUUAGUCUCACUUUAUGGAUGGAGGUGCUGAGGCUCAGAAAAACUAGGUUCAGUAUUUUACUAAGUUUUCUCCAAAUUUCUCAAGGAUAUCCUAAACUUGCUUGUCCUAAUCCACUUUAUUGCCUUUGAUAAAAUAUUUAAGGUAGCUUACAAUGGAAGAAAUUUGCAAGAGGAAAGUUUUAAAAAUCUGUUUAAAAGCCAAAGUAAAAGAUCAAGAGAGGGAUGGAAGUAAUUUAUCCAAAACUCAAGCAUCGGCUGAGUGCAAAUCCUAAUACUCACCUUCCUGGAAGUGAAUACAGAAAUAUGAAAAAUAACAAUAAAAGGAAAUUUUCUAUACCAAUUCUUCAAGAGAGAAAAAAGACUUUCUUCUUGUUGUAAAUUCAAGGAAGAGUUGGUUACUGAUCAUUAUGUAAGGGUUUAGCAAUUUACUAAACGAUGUGUUUGACAGCAGUUUCAUGAAACCAGCUGAAACAUAUUUGGUAUGGAUAUUAUUGUAUUUGCUAGUCAUUCAGUCAAGAUAAUAAUGUUAAAUUUUAUUUCCUGUGUUUAAUUCAGAAAUUACACGAGUAUUAAAUAGAUAUAUUUUUGUUUGCAAACAUUCAAAUAAACAUACAGAAGUCUCAUGAAAAUCCU